GAUGUGAAAAAACAUCGAUGCAUCGACAAUCGAUGUUUUUUUGGCGAUGUUUACCGAUGUUUUCCGAUGUUUUUAUUGAUACCGAUGUUAAGCGAUGCACCGAUGUUUUUAAGCGAUGCAUCGAUGUUUUCCAAAACGUCGCUGGUUUGAUUUUAUACAUAUUUUGCGUAUAUUGUCGUGUGUUGCCUGAAAGUGCAGUUAUACAAACUUAAGCAGCAAAUAUUGCAAUGCCGAAAAUAACAACAAAGACGAGUUUUUGCUGGAAGCAUUUCGCCAAAAUUGAUGGCAAUAGUGCGAAAUGUAAUAUUUGCGGCAAAACAAUCAAAACUGCAGGGAACACUACGAAUAUGAAAGAUCAUCUACGCAAUGUGCAUAAAAUAAGGGAAGAAGACCAGACACCUGUGUCUAACAGUGGGACGCCACGACAAGCUUCAAUAGCUGCAAGCUUCCAAAAUAUCACGGAUUUUGGAGGAGAAGGACAAAAAACAAAAAAAAUAAAUGAUGCAAUUGUUUACAUGAUCGCAAAGGACAUUCAGCCGUUUUCAAUUGUUGAAAAUGCUGGAUUCAUUUAUUUGAUGAAUACUGUCGCACCUCGUUAUGAAAUUCCUUCGCGUUAUAAAGUAACCAAAUGGCUCGAUGAGAAGUACAGUCAAAUGAAAGAUCUGUGGAGAACAAGGCUGACUGGAAAGAGCAUAUCCUUAACAAUGGACAUAUGGAGUGACCAAAUGUCAAUGCGCAGCUAUUUAGGGAUCACUGCUCAUUUUCUCUUGGAGCAGGAAAUGUCUUCAUUGACAAUUGGAGCUAUGCAGUUAAGCGAGCGUCACACAGGACCAUAUCUGAGCGAAAUGCUGGAAAUCUGUUGCUCAGAUUGGAACAUUGACAAAAAAGCAAGUAACAGCUAUUGUCACAGACAAUGGUACAAAUAUUAA